GGGUGCAAAGGACCUUGUCAGAAAGAUGUUAACAAUGGAUCCUAAGAAACGGAUUACAGCUGCCAAAGCCCUCGAACAUCCAUGGUUAAAGGUGGAUGGUGAAGCAUCUGACAGACCUAUUGAUAGUGCUGUUCAAAGUAGGCUUAAGCAAUUCAGAGCAAUGAACAAGCUCAAGAAACUUGCCUUGAAGGUAAUAGCAGAAAACCUUUCAGCAGAAGAAAUUGCAGGCUUGAAAGAGAUGUUCAACAACAUCGACGUUGACAGAAGUGGAACAGUCACAUUCGAAGAGCUCAAAGAUGGAUUGUCCAGACUCGGAUCUAAACUACCAGAGGCAGAAAUAAAGGAGCUACUGGAUGCUGCUGAUGUUGACAGCAGUGGAAUGAUUGAUACCACUGAGUUUAUUGCUGCUACUAUCCAUCGGCAUAGGGUUGAGACCGAAGAGAACCUGUCCAAGGCAUUUCAAUACUUCGACAAGGAUGGCAGUGGGUUUAUCACAAGAGAUGAAUUAAGACAGGCCAUGACUAGGUACGGAAUGGGGGACGAGGCAACAAUAGAUGAAAUCCUCAACGAUGUUGACACUGACAGGGAUGGAAGAAUAAAUUACGAUGAAUUUGUAGCCAUGAUGAUGACUGGAACACCAGACCCUGGUCUGAGACAGAAAUAAGCUUCUCCUAAUACCAUGUAAAUACAACUAAGCUACCCCAUAGAAUGUGGGUCAAGUGUACGUUGAUCCUUGGCUCUGGGGUUUGUAUUAAUAAACGGUGAUGUUGAUG